UCAUUUCUUUUGCCCCAGGAUGGUGCCUCUCCAUUGGUGUCUACUGUGGUUGCUACUACCACUCAGCUCAAGGACUCAGAAGUUACCCACUCGAGAUGAGGAACUUUUUCAGAUGCAGAUCCGGGACAAAGCAUUUUUUCAUGAUUCAUCAGUAAUUCCAGAUGGAGCUGAAAUUAGCAGUUAUCUCUUUAGAGACACACCUAAAAGGUAUUUCUUUGUGGUUGAAGAAGACAAUACUCCACUAUCAGUCACAGUGACUCCCUGCGAUGCACCUUUAGAGUGGAAGCUGAGUCUCCAAGAGCUGCCAGAAGAGGCAAGCGGGGAAGGCUCAGGUGACCCAGAGCCUCUGGAGGAACAGAGGCAGCAGAUCAUUAAUGAGGAAGGCACAGAAUUAUUCUCCUACAAAGGCAAUGAUGUGGAGUAUUUUAUAUCUUCUAGUUCUCCGUCUGGUUUGUAUCAGUUGGAGCUUCUUUCAACAGAGAAAGACACACAUUUCAAAGUCUAUGCCACCACAACCCCAGAGUCUGAUCAGCCCUACCCCGAAUUACCUUACGACCCAAGAGUAGAUGUCACGUCCCUGGGACGCACCACAGUCACCUUGGCCUGGAAACCGAGCCCUACAGCGUCUCUGCUGAAACAACCCAUUCAGUACUGUGUGGUCAUCAACAAAGAGCACAAUUUCAAAAGUCUCUGUGCCGUUGAAGCAAAACUGAGUGUAGAUGAUGCUUUUAUGAUGGCUCCAAAACCCGGGCUGGACUUCAGCCCCUUUGACUUUGCCCACUUUGGAUUUCCUUCAGAUAAUUUGGGUAAAGAACGCAGCUUCCUAACCAAGCCUUCCCCCAAACUGGGGCGGCAUGUCUACUCGAGGCCCAAGGUUGACAUUCAGAAAAUCUGCAUAGGAAAUAAGAACAUCUUUACCGUCUCAGACCUGAAACCCGACACGCAGUAUUACUUUGACGUCUUCGUGGCCAACAGCAACAGCAACAUGAGUACGGCUUACGUGGGCACCUUCGCCAGGACCAAGGAAGAGGCAAAACAGAAGACGGUCGAGCUCAAAGAUGGAAAAGUGACAGACGUAUUUGUCAAACGGAAGGGAGCCAAGUUUUUGCGGUUUGCCCCGGUCUCUUCACACCAAAAAGUCACUUUCUUCAUUCACUCUUGUCUGGACGCUAUCCAGAUCCAAGUGAGAAGGGAUGGGAAGCUUCUUCUGUCGCAGAAUGUGGAAGGCAUUCGGCAGUUUCAGCUCAGAGGAAAACCUAAAGCCAAGUAUCUCAUUCGCCUGAAAGGACACAAGAAAGGGGCAUCUAUGUUGAAAAUACUAGCGACCACUAGGCCGAGUAAGCAGCCAUUUCCCUCUCUUCCCGAAGACACAAGAAUCAAAGCCUUCGACAAGCUCCGCACCUGUUCUUCGGCCACGGUGGCUUGGCUGGGCACUCAGGAGCGGAACAAGUUCUGCAUCUACAAAAAGGAAGUGGAUGAUAACUACAAUGAAGACCAGAAGAAAAGAGAGCAAAACCAAUGCCUCGGACCAGAUACAAGGAAGAAAUCGGAAAAGGUCCUCUGUAAAUAUUUCCACAGUCAAAACCUACAGAAAGCAGUGACCACAGAAACAAUUAAAGGACUUCUGCCUGGAAAAUCUUACCUGCUGGAUGUUUAUGUCAUAGGACAUGGGGGGCACUCGGUGAAGUAUCAGAGUAAAGUCGUGAAAACCAGGAAGUUCUGUUAGUUACCUCACAGAGAGAGAUACUAUUACAUAGAACUGCAGGAGAGACACGAAAUCACUUUCAGUAUAAACUGACUACUCCCACAGCUGAGAGAAGUUGUGACUGGUACUGGGGAAGGAAGGAUAUCAACUUGUGUACAUGGAUGUUUAUAUGAGUAACUGUCGAGGAGCCUUGUUCUAGUGUGCCCCGAUGGCACCUAGCGUGUGUCUGCUGCCCGUGGAUGUCAAAGAUAGAGGACAUCUUGAAGGAACUGCCAUCUCUUGCUUUGACCACUGCAUGAACUGCUUCUAAAUUAUUUUAUUACCUAAAAAUCUAAGAUAAUGCCAUUCAUUGCACACAUCCACAAAAUGCAAAUCAUUCCUCUCUAUAGAUGCUAGGAUAUAUAUAAAUUAUUUUAUAAAGUCGUUUUAAAUGUCAGUGUUUCUAUGAUUGUAAACUAUUAAAUUCUUUUCCUGUUAAAGUACAGAUCUAAUCUAAGUAUAUUAAGUGGACAGCCCUCUAGUCAGUUAUAUUGCUAUUGUAAAUUCUUAUCUGUUGAGUAAAAUGUUUAAAUACUAUAUGUAUCUCAUGUACAAAGUUGACAUACAUUAUAUUCAUGUACAUAAAAUUAAAGAUAUUAGAUUAUA